AUGUCGAAUCCGCUCAGUCGCGACACCAAAGUUUCUUGUAUCCUUGAAGGAUCAUCAAUUAGUGAAUUAAGUUCUAUCAAACAGUCUUGUACAAGUAUCACCAUUCAGGACUUGACCGUUCCCGCCGGUCAAACAUUAGAUUUAACUGGAUUGAAAUCUGGAACCACUGUUACGUUCAACGGAACGAUCCAUUUCGAUAUAGAGAAUUGGCAUGGCCAUCUGGUCGAUGUAAGUGGAGACCACAUUGCAGCAAGAGGAUUACCUGGUAAUAGAAUUGACGGUGGUGGCCCCUCAUACUGGGAUAGCGAAGGCGGAAAUAGUUUAAAAGCUAAACCUAAACUUUUCAACGUAGAAAAACUCAGUAACUCAGUUAUUGAAAAUCUCAACAUUUACGACUCCCCAUUGCAUGCUUUCUCAAUUGAUGGAUGUCAAAAUCUAACAGUAGAAAACGUCCUCAUUGACGACUCUAAAGGUGAUUCUGUUGGAUUCGAUGUUGGUGAUUCUUCCCAAAUUACACUUAGGAGAAAUAUAAUUUACAAUCAAGGUGACUGUGUCGCCAUCAAUUCUGGAAGUAACAUCCGUUUUGAAAACAACUACUGUGCCGGUGGACAUGGUGUUUCAGUUGGAUCCCUCGGUGGUCGUAGCAACAACAUCAUAUCAGAUGUUGUCGUUAAGAACUGCGAAGUUGCCAACUCUGACAAUGGUAUCAGAAUUCAAACGGAAUAUGGAAAGACAGGAUCUGUCAGUGACAUUACCUUCGAAGAUAUUACACUCACCAACAUCAAAAAUUGUGGUAUUACUAUUCGUGAUGAAUAUAUCAACAAUGGAACCAAUGGAGUUGCUACUGACGGUGUUCCAAUCAAGAAGUUGACCGUUAAAAAUGUCCAUGGUACGAUAAAAUCUGGAGGGAUUAAGGUUAUGAUUUUAGUUAGAGGAGCAUCACAGUGGGAUUGGUCUGAUGUGAUUCUUGAUGGUGGACAAUCAGCAAGCGAUUGUUACGGAAUACCAAGUGGAUCCGGAGCGAUGUGUUAA